AUGUACACCUCCGGCACGACCGGCGACCCAAAGGGCGUGGUGCACACCCACGGCAGCAUCAUUUCAGGCUUGACGGCGAUGGAGCGCUACAUCGACAGUCUGCUGCCGCGUGUCACGCAGGAGCGCUAUUGCGCCUUCCUGCCCUUGGCCCACAUUCUGGAGUUCGGCGUCGUGAACAUCUUCCUCGCGAGAGGGGCAACCGUCGGCUUUGGCAGCCCGCGGACGCUGACGGACGUGACGGCGCGACCGCACGGGGACUUGACGGAGUACAAGCCCCGCUGCAUUGUGGCCGUUCCGCGCGUGUACAACACGCUGAAGCGGGCGGUGGAGGCGAAGCUGCCGGCGGAGGGCACGGUGAGGCGGCACGUCUUCGACACCGCGUACCAGAGCCGGCUGGCGGCGCUGAAGGAGGGGAAGGAGACGCCCUACUGGAAUGAGAAGGUGUUCAAGCAGGCACGCGCGGCACUCGGCGGGCGCUUUGAGUUUCUGCUGAGCGGCGGCGGCCCGCUUGCAGCCUCGACGCAGGAGUUCGUGAAUGUCGUGUUUGGAUAUCUCGUCGGCGGCUGGGGAUUAACCGAGACGAUCUGCGUUGGUGCGAUCCAGCGCACUGGUGACCUUACCCCAGGUGCGGUGGGACAGGUAUUAGAGAUGGAAGAGCUGAAGCUCAUUGACACGGAGGAGUACAAGCACACCGAUCAGCCGCACCCGCGCGGCGAGCUCUGCCUGCGCGGCCCUUUCCUCUUCAAGGGCUACUACAAGAAGCCGGAGCUGACGGCGGAGGCGAUCGACGCGGAGGGCUGGUUCCACACCGGCGACAUCGGCAGCAUCGACAACGACGGACGCGUCUCCGUGAUUGGUCGCAUCAAGGCCCUCGCGAAGAACUGCCUGGGCGAGUACAUCGCCCUGGAGGCGCUCGAGGCCAUCUACGCCAAUCACCCACUUGUGCUGAACAACUGCGCGUGUGUUGUGGUGAACCCGGAUCGGCGCUACAUCGCCGUGAUCUGCGUCGCGGCAGAGACCAAGGUACGCAAGUUUGUCGCGGCGCACCCGGAAGGCUUCCCUCCCGCUGCCGUCGAUGGCACGAUGCCGAUAGCAGAGCUGAUUGCGCUGCCCGAGCUUUGUGCCAAGGCGGCUGCGUCGAUGGCAGAGAUGGGGCGGGAAGCACGACGCAAGCCGUUCGAGCUGCCGCACGACGUUCGCUUUGUGUUGGAGGAGUGGACCCCCGAGAACGGCGUGCUGACCGCCGCGAUGAAGCUGAAGAGGAAGGCGAUCAGCGAGCGCUUUGCGCGGCAGAUCGAGGAGAUGUUUGUGAAGGAGUGA